AUGAACAAGCACCACCGCAUCUACAACAACAGCCAAGAUUCGUCGAUAUUGCCGCCGUCGUCGUCCUCCUCCUCCUCCUCGUCUCUCAAGCAAAAGCUCAAGUCGUCCCUGUGUUGCUUCCACAGUCACGGCCAACGUGAUGACAAUUCCGUGAAUUACUCUUCCGACUCGCAGGAGCCGAGGCUGUACCGGAGCACGUCGAUGAAGCUGAGGCCGCAGCGGUGCUUGGUGAAUCACGAUGCUCUCAUACCGCCGGAGUUGAAAGACAAGUGCAAGAACUUGAUGUCGCGAAUCGGAGCAGGAGGUGGAGGAGGAGGAGGAGGAGGGAGGCACCGGAGGCGCCAUUCCGCUGAUUUCAAAUACGAUCCUCUCAGCUACGCCCUCAAUUUCGACGAGGGCGAAAACGACGACGGUUACGGUUACGGUUACGGCAACUGUAACGGUAAUGGAGUGCCGUCUCGCGAUUCCGUCGAUGUUCCGUUACGGAAUUUCGCGUCAAGGUUACCGCCGUCUCCGCCGCACACGGGGAUCGCCACCCAUAGUUGA